AUGGGGUUGAAUCCUGUCGUAUUGAUCUUUGCUGGUACUGUGCUAGCCUAUGUACUUUGGAGCGUGGUGUACAAUUUAUUCUUGAGCCCUCUUUCAAAAUUCCCAGGUCCAAAAUUGGCAGCAUGCACAUACAUCCCAACCAUCUACUGGACGUCAUCAGGCAAAAAUCACACGAAGAUGAAGGAGCUCCACGAUAAAUACGGAGAUGUGGUCCGAGUCGGACCCAAUGCCCUUGUAUACCGCAGCCCAAAAGCCUGGAAAGAUAUUUACGGCCACCGAAAGUCAGGCGCGGGGUCAUUCCUAAAGGAUUCUCAAUUCUAUGUGCGGGGUCCAACAGGACCCAACAUCCUCAACGCCGACGAUGCAGAUCACUCGAGAGAAAGACGAUUGCUCUCGCAUGCCUUUUCAGAAAAAGCACUCCGCGACCAAGAGUCUCUCAUCCAGUCGUACGUGGAUCUCAUGGUGGAUCGACUGAAUGAACAGAUCGAAGCUACAAGUGGCGCAAUCGAUAUGUGUCGCUGGUACAACUUCACCACAUUCGAUAUAAUCGGAGACCUUGCAUUCGGGGAACCGUUUAACUGCCUCCAAGAGGGCAAGUAUCACCCGUGGGUGAAGAUGGUGUUUUUAAGCGUGAAGGGUGGAGCGCUGCUACGCCCUCUCCAAAUAUACCCUUCCAUCGCACCAAUUGUGAAGAUGCUGCUUCCAAAGCGAAUCAUGAGAAUGAGGAAUGAACACUUCGCCAUGAGUGCGGAAAAGGUUCAUCGUCGAUUGGAGACUAAGACUGAAAGACCGGAUUUCAUGACUUAUAUCUUACGACACACUGAUGAUCGGGCGAUGACUGCAAAGGAAAUGGAAGCAAACGCGGCUCUGUUGAUUGUUGCCGGAAGUGAAACGACUGCCACCUUACUCGCGGGUGUUAGCUACUACCUUGUCCAGAACCCGGCUGCGUACAAAAGGCUCGUGGAGGAAAUUCGGAGUACCUUUAAGUCUUAUGAUGAUAUUAAUUUCAUGGGCGUGAGUCAAUUGACAUACUUGAAUGCUGCUCUUGAGGAGGCUCUGCGGGUUUAUCCGCCCGUCCCGGGGGUGGUACCGCGUGUCGUGCCAAAGGGAGGCUCGAUCAUUGAUGGGAUAUAUGUUCCAGAGGGAGUGUCUGUCUCCGGAGCGCACUACUCGACCUACCAUGCUGAGUCCAACUUCGCCGAAGCGGAUUCUUUCAUCCCAGAACGAUGGCUGGAGGACCGGGAGAAGCGCUUCGAGUCGGAUAACAGAUCGUCUCUUGUUGCAUUCUCGCUCGGGCCCCGGAACUGCAUUGGAAAAAACCUCGCCUAUGCUGAAAUGCGGGUUAUUGUGGCCAAGGCUUUCUGGAGCUUUGAUAUGGCACUGGACAAGAGUUCAGAGGGAUGGGACAUCCAGAAAUCAUUCAAUAUCUGGGAGAAGAAGCCACUAAUGAUGCACUUGACAAAGGUACAGCAUUAG